AUGGUCGAUGUGGAACCGCGUUGUGUCGUGAACUCCAAAAUUCACAUUGAAAAGAACCAGGGUUGCAAUCGCAGUAUACAGAUACUCCAUGUCGGAACGGGUGCCUGUCAUCAGCUGGUCUUUUUCCCAAAGAUUCCAGAGCGAUCUCACAGUAUUCAUGGACGCCUGGAACGAAGCGUUCAGAAGAGAAAGCAUAAUGGUAGAACAGUCUUGCAGAUUCAUGUAAUCCCGUCCGUGUUGCAACCUAGAAAAAUGCAAAAGCAACGGUCUGACGGCCAAAUUGAGGCCCUGGAAAUACUCAAUCAUCAUAUUGGCGGUGGAUCGCGAGUUGUUCACGUCUCCAGAACCAUAGUCGCAGUUGAUGGAGUCAGGGAGCGACCGUUUCCAUCUCAGCAACUGGACAACCAUUUCCCGCACGAUGUUCAACAUGCUUUUUCCUGGCUGUUUGUUGUACAAGCUCCGCAGAACUUGCAGGUUGAUUUUGGUGAUGGCUACUGUUUCCUGUAA